UCAUCAUCCUCAACUCUUUUGCGAGGGCCUAAACUUCUGCUCGGGGCGACCAUGUGCAGCCUAAAAUAGUAAUCAAAGUGUGUAGCGGUAAGGUUGAAAGGAAUUUGUUGUAGUACAAAUCAUCAGAAUGGCAUGUUUGACAAGGUUCUGUGUAUUUGAUCUACAGAGACGUUUUGGCGUCGGCACAAAAAAGGCCAGAAAGCUGGUCAGGAUACAACGGGCGUUGUGUGGCGUCGCAUCUGCAAGGCCAAAAUAUGGUAAUCAAACAAUUUCAUCAGGAAAUAAUAAAGGUGUAUUUUUGAGUUCACGGUUUCUCCUUCAAAAGAUUUAUCCUCUGAACCAAAUAUUGGCCUCUUCAUUCCAAACUUCAGCUGUCAAUAGUAAAAAAAGUUACUAUGAUGUUCUUGGAGUACCAAAAAAUGCAACACAAAAAGAUAUAAAGGCUGCUUACUAUGAGCUUGCGAAGAAAUAUCACCCAGAUACAAACAAAGGCAAAGAAGCAGAAUCAAAGUUCCAAGAAAUUCAGCAAGCAUAUGAGAUUUUAAGUGAUGACCAAAAAAGAGCUACAUAUGACCAAUUUGGAACAGCAGAUCCUGGUGCUGGUGGAUUUGGAGGCCAAGAUCCUUUCGGAGGACAGAAUCCAUUUGGAGGUCAAAGUCCUUUCGGUAACAUGAAUGCAGAUGAUAUAUUUAAAAGUUUUUUUGGUCAGUUUGGUCAAGGUGGAGCUGGCGGGUUUGGUUUUGAAAACGCCCGCGCUACACAGAACUACGUGCUGAAUUUAUCUUUUGCCGAAGCAGUCAACGGGGUAAAUAAAGACGUUAAAAUAAGAAUGGAGACAACCUGCUCACGGUGCAAUGGCAAGCGUGCUGAGCCUGGCUCUACCUAUGUUAAAUGUCAACAAUGCAAUGGUACCGGGGAGGAGAAGCUCUCAACUGGAUUUUUUCACAUGCGAACGACUUGUCGAAAAUGUGGUGGACACGGUCACGUGAUUAAAAAUCCUUGUACCAAAUGCAAAGGAGCUGGAACAGUGAUGGAAACGAGAACCAUAACCGUCCCAGUGCCAGCAGGCGUUGAAGAUGGUUUGGUAAUCAAAGUUCCUACAACGAAUGGAGAUUUAUAUGUCACUUUUAAAGUAACACCUAGUAAAAUUUUCGAACGAGAUGGUUCAGAUGUCCACUCAACAAUUUCAGUCAACUUUGCGCAGGCCAUUCUUGGCGGAACCAUGAAGAUCCCUGGACUUCAAGGUGACAUGGAAAUUAAGCUGCCAAAAGGAACUCAAUCUCAUCAAAAAAUAAAACUGGUUGGUAAAGGUAUACCGCGUUUAAAUGGCUACGGAAGAGGUGAUCAUUACAUUCAUGUCAAGAUUUAUAUACCAAAGUAUCUAACCGAAAAGCAAAAGGCACUUAUCACAGCUUUUGCUGAACUCGACGAUGAGAUCAGUGGAACCGUUGAUGGAGUUGACCCAAACAAACGACCAAAGAGAAAAAGUAAACCAUACAAUUUUUGGGUCAACCUUAUAACAAAUGAACACCCAUGGCAAGAUUACGAAAAAGAGAAAAACAAAGCCUUAAAAACAUUAUUCAAUAUUAUCCCUGUUUUUUUAAUUGGAUUAUUUUUAGUAUUAUCGUAUGAUAUAUAGUAUCAAAAAAUGAAACGUUCGUUGUCAUUAUGGUCUUGUUGUGACGUGACACUUGUUGUGGUCUUUUGUGACUGUGACUGUUGUUGUCUCUUUCAUUUUCUAAUGUAUCAGAAUGGUAUUUACUUUUUGUAGUAUUUUAUUCUUUCCUUUUUUAUCAGUCUUUAAAAAAGUAGAAUUUUGAAAGCCUUUUGUGUAAUCCACCAGAUGUAUAAACUGAAAUGUUGAUUCUAACAGAAAUUAUAUGUUCUCACAAAUUUGUAUCAUUCUUAACGCUGCUCUUUGACUGGCCACGGAAUUCUUGUCGUUGUUUGCAUUGUUUAUAAACUGUCUUAGCAUUCCUUUUUUGCCUGGCGUAAUAGUUGAGGGACAUAGAAAAUGUUUUAGGGAGGAAAUUUAAUGUAUGGUAUCAAUUCAUAAAUAGGAAAAAGCGUUGCUGAGAGCCUCUGUGCUUUUUUUCGAAUUUCGAUCAGAGAAUUUUCCAGAAUUCCUUUUAAUUUUAACUGAACAGCAAUAGAGCAGGCAAGCACAAAAGAGGUCUUAAAUUUUUUCAAGCUAAACUUAAAGCAAAUUGUGACAAUAUACUGAUGAAAA